AUGAUUCAACUCCCCGAUCCCGUAACGUCGGCGACUGCUGUAUACAAUAUCAACUGUCGUGUCGUGGCAAUUUCUCGCGCAAUGGACACAAUAAGCGAGUUCCUGGACUACUCUCGUCUUUGGUCUCUUCCUGACGCCUGUGGCUUUCAAUAUCAGGAUGGAGCGCUGCGUUUGGCAAAAAGGGUGAUGAUACACGAAGCAAUUGAAGCACAGAAAGCGGAAAAAAUUGUUGCCGAAGAGGUCGAAACGAGAGCGAAGACAAACUUAAAUCGAGGGAUCGUUGUUCCACGCAAUAUUAAUGCGGCUCUGAGACUACGCAAGCGAGACGAUUUGUUCUUUCGUCAACGAGAAUUCACACUCGCAAUGGCCAAAGCGGCUGCAAGAUGCGACUUAAAUGUAAUGAGUGUUCGUAAAACAAUAUACUGGCUGCUACGUGACGUUUGCAGUGGAAGAAGCAGCAAGGAAUGGUCAUUUGGACGUGCUGAAAUGGCUGCAUAG